AUGUCACUCACAAAGCUCUCCAGUGUCCAAACAUUUGACAUAUCCGGCAAUGAGUUUACUGGGGUUUUUCCUUCCGCAUUGGGCAAACUGCAAUAUCUUCAAUGGUUUACUCUGGAAGGAAACCUGCUUCAUGCAAACAAUGAGCAACAAUGGGGAUUCCUUACUUCCUUGACAAACUGCAGCGGAUUUCAAGUACUAUCCAUCGGAUGGAAUAGGUUCACGGGGAAACUACCAAGUUCAGUGGCCAAUUUGUCCACCAGCAUCCAACUACGGAUUCGCAGAAACAAUGUUGCUGGUGUUAUCCCAUCAGGCAUCGGAAAUUUGAUAGGCCUUCAGCAGCUUAUUCUUGGUGAGAACCUACUCACAGGGGUCAUUCCAAUAAGCAUAGGGAAGCUGACACAAAUGAUCAAGCUAUAUCUGGGCUUAAAUAACUUCUCCGGAACCAUUCCAUCCUCAAUAGGAAACCUCAGUGACCUAUUUGCACUUGGUAUAAAUUCCAACAAUAUGGAGGGAUCAAUUCCUCCUAGCUUUGGAAAUUUGAGGAAGCUCAUAGCUCUAGAUCUAUCCAGUAACCAUCUGAGAGGCUCCAUCCCAAAUGAAAUUAUGAACUUGACAUCAAUCUCAGCAUAUUUGGUUUUGUCGGACAACUUACUGGAGGGACUUCUUCCUUUUGAAGUUGGCAAUCUGAUAAAUCAUGAACAGCUUGCUCUAUCAGGAAACCAGCUGUCUGGCAAAAUUCCUGACACCAUCAGCAACUGCAUAGUAUUAGAAAUCCUCCUAAUGGAUGGCAAUUCAUUUCAAGGAAACAUUCCUCCAACUUUCAAGAAUAUGAAGGGGCUUGCUGUACUGAACUUGACGGGCAAUAAGCUGAACGGAAGCAUCCCUGGGGAGCUAGGCAGUAUCACUAACUUGGAGGAGCUGUACCUUGCCAACAAUAAUCUAUCAGGAGAAAUCCCAGAACUCUUUGGCAAUUCAACAUCACUGAUCCGUCUCGAUCUGUCCUUCAACAAUUUACAGGGAGAAGUACCAACAGAAGGGGUUUUCAAGAAUCUAACUGGACUAUCAGUUGUUGGAAACAAAGGGUUAUGCGGUGGAAUACCACAGCUUCAUCUUCAAAGAUGCCCAAACUCUGCUGCGAGGAAGAACAAGAAAACCAUGCCAGUGGCUCUUAGAAUAGCAGUGCCUGCAGUAGAAGCUAUUUUGGUCCUAUUCUCUGAAGCCAAUCUCCUGGGUAAGGGAAGAUACGGUUCGGUGUACAGAGGCAAUGUAGAAAAUCAGGGCAUUGUAGUUAUAGUGACAGUCAAGGUAUUUAAUCUCCAGCAACCAGGAUCAUACAAAAGUUUCGAGGCUGAAUGUGAGGCACUGCGAAGAGUGAGGCAUCGAUGCCUUGUAAAGAUUAUCACAUCCUGUUCAAGCAUCGACCACCAAGGUCAAGACUUCAGAGCACUAAUCUUCGAGUUCAUGCCUAAUGGAAGCUUAGAUAGCUGGGUCCACUCAGAUACUGAAAAAGAAAGUGGAAGUGGAACACUCACCUUGGAACAAAGGUUAGAUAUCGCUGUUGACAUUGUGGAUGCUAUAGAAUACCUCCACAAUGGCUGCCAGACAUCGAUUAUCCACUGCGAUCUCAAGCCCAGUAACAUUCUCCUUAAUCAGGACAUGAGGGCUCAUGUUGGAGAUUUUGGCAUCGCUAGAAUUAUAAAUGAAGCUGCAAGCACUUCUUCAAAUUCAAACAGCAGCAUCGGAAUAAGAGGCUCCAUUGGAUAUGUUGCCCCAGAAUAUGGAGAAGGGCUUGCAGUAUCAACUUAUGGUGAUGUAUACAGUCCCGGCAUUACUUUGAUUGAGAUGUUUACAGGAAGGAGCCCAACAGAUGAUAUGUUCAGAGAUGGGUUAAACCUGCAUUACUUUGCUACGGCAGCUCAUCCUGAUAAGGUUAUGGAAAUAGCAGAUUCCAGAAUCUGGCUGCGUGAUGAAGGAAACAAUAGAAAUGCUACAAGAGAUAUAGCCAGAACAAAGGAACAUUUGGCUGCUAUCAUCCAGCUUGCUGUACUUUGCUCAAAGCAAUCACCCAAAGAGCGGCUGUUAAUAAAAGGUCCAGGGCUAUCUCAGUUCACUGAGAUAACUGAGAUAGAUGUUCCAAUGGUGUCAUAA